AAUCACUAAUCCAUAAAUAAGCAGAACACAUGAGUUAAACCCCUGUCCUAAAACAGCCUAAGCUUCUAUUACAGCAACAACAAUGGAGUUAUUGCAUCCCUUCAUAUUUCCAUUUCUUGUAUCUUUGUUCUUGCUCUGGUCUAUUACAAAAUGGUGGUUCAUCAAGAAAUCUGCUGCAAACAAAAAGAACUCGCCCCCAUCACCAAGAAAGCUGCCGAUACUCGGAAAUCUCCACCAAGUAGGCUCGUUACCUCAUCGGGAUCUCCAAACCCUAGCCAACAAACACGGCCCGUUUAUGCUUCUCCACUUCGGCACGGUGCCCUUUAUAAUUGUUUCAUCUGCUGACUCAGCCCGUGAGAUCAUGACCACACAUGACAUCGUCUUCUCGAACAGGCCCGACUUUAAGUCCUUCAAGAAACUUCUGUAUGGCUGUAAGGAUGUAGCGGUUGCGCCUUACGGCGAAUACUGGAAGCGGAUGAAGGGUAUUUUCGUCCACCAACUUCUUAGCAACAAAAGGGUUCAAUCUUUUCGUUAUAUACGAGAAGAAGAAACCGAUCAUUUGAUCGGAAAGAUUAUUAGAGAAUCUUGUAAUGCGGGUAAUAAGGUGGUGAAUUUGAGCAAGAUGUUUUCCGAGUUAGCUAUCGAUGGGAUAUGCAGAUCGGCUUUUGGAGUGAAGUGCAGCGAUUCGGAAAACGGGAAGAAGUUCUUGGUGUUGUUGAAAGAUUUGAUGGAGCUUUUAGGAGCUCUUUGUAUUGGGGAUUUUGUUCCGUGGCUCGGUUGGAUUGAUCGUGUUAAUGGAUUGGAUAAGAGAGUGGAUGAUGUGGCGAGAGGAUUGGAUUGUUUCCUUGAGGACGUGAUUCGACAACACACGGAAGCUUCGAAGGAGAGAAACGGAGAAAACUUUCUCGAUAUUUUGCUUGAAAUUUGCGGUGAUAACAACACUCUUGAGAAAGAUAGCAUCAAAGCACUGCUUCUGGAUGUGUUUGCCGGUGGUACGGAUACCAUAGCCACACUGCUGGAGUGGUUGAUGUCGGAGCUCUUUCGACACCCAAUUGUGAUGGGAAAAUUGCAAAACGAAGUCAGAGAAAUCCUAAGAGGCAAACACGCCAUAAAAGACGACGACUUGGAGAAAAUGCACUAUCUAAAAGCCGUGGUGAAGGAAACUCUGCGUUGUCACCCACCGAUUCCUUUGCUAACUCGCAGAAUAAUAGACAAAGAUGUGAAAGUAAUGGGUUACGAUGUUUCGAAGGGAACAACGGUGAUGAUAAAUGGUUGGGCCAUAGGGCGGGACCCGCAGUAUUGGGAUGAACCGGAGAAGUUUGAGCCGGAAAGAUUCUUGAAGAAGAAGUACUCGAAUGAUAACAAUAUUGCUUUUAAGGGCCUCGAUUUUGAGUUCAUGUCGUUUGGGGCCGGUAGAAGGGGUUGUCCCGGGAUUUCAUUUGCCGUUGCUACUAUUGAGUUUGUUGUGGCAAAUAUUGUGCAUAAAUUUAAUUGGGAAUUGCCAGAUGGAUUACAGGGGAAAGAUUUGGACAUGACUGAAAGCCCCGGCGCUACGGUCCGGAGAGCUACUCCGCUCUUUGCAAUUGCGACUCUAAAUUAGUGCUUUUGAGUUUUGUGAUGUGAUGAAUCAAUGUGAAAAUAAGUACUUUUUGUUGAUCGAACACGUUUUUUUCGUUCGAUUGUAUAUGAAACUUAAUUAGUUCAAUUUGUGUACGAUAAGGAUCAUGUUGCUCGAGUAAAUAUAUAUUUGAGCUCGACUCAAUUAACAACCAAAUCAAAUUCGAACACAAUUUUUGUAUCUCGAUCAAAAAAAUCAAGUAAAUCGUAGUAAUG